GGUCCUCCCGUCCCGUUCGGUGGCAUCGGUUACAUCUGUGCUCGACUUCUCUCCACUGACCUCUUUAGUCGAUUGGUUUCGUCUUUCUCUUCCUCACAUGUUUCAUGUUUGGGAGAGAAAACAUGGCAGCGCUCACGAGUGAAGUCCAGAUUGUACCUGCCAAAAAGCCCACAGUCCGAGGUCCACGGCGGGUAGCCAAUCAAAUUCCAGAUGAAAUCCUGCAAGACCCUGAGUUACAAGAGGCGAUCAAAGCCCUGCCUGCAAAUUACAACUUUGAGAUUCACAAGACGGUUUGGCGAGUGAGACAAGCCAAAGCUACGAGAGUGGCUCUGCAGCUUCCAGAGGGCCUGCAGAUGUUUGCCUGUGUCCUCGCUGACAUCAUUGAGAGGUUCACAGAGGCCGAUACCAUUGUGAUGGGGGACGUGACGUAUGGGGCCUGCUGCGUGGACGACUUCACCGCCCGAGCCCUGGGAGCUGAUUUCAUGGUUCACUAUGGUCACAGUUGUCUCAUCCCCAUAGACUCCACAGCAGGUAUUAAGAUGCUGUAUGUGUUUGUGGAUAUCCAGAUGGACAAUGCACACUUCCUGGACACGGUCAAGUUCAACUUCCCUCCUGGACAAUCUCUGGCACUCGUCAGCACUAUUCAGUUCGUUGCAGCCCUGCAGGCUGUGAGUUCAGCCCUAAAGCCAGAGUAUGAUGUGCUGGUCCCACAGUGUCGACCUCUGUCACCAGGAGAAAUUUUGGGCUGCACCUCCCCUCGCUUGGACCGCCAUGUCAAUGCCAUAAUUUAUCUAGGAGAUGGAAGAUUUCACCUGGAGUCGAUCAUGAUCGCAAACCCAGACAUCCCUGCCUACAGAUAUGACCCCUACAGUAAGGUCUUCUCCAGGGAGUACUAUGACCACGAAGCCAUGCGUGCCUUAAGGUUCCAGGCUAUUGACAAGGCUCGAUCCGCCCAGAGAUGGGGCUUGAUCAUGGGCACGCUGGGCCGCCAGGGCAGCCCCAAAGUCAUGGAGCAUCUGGAGUCAAGGCUCCAGUCAUUGGGCAAGUCCUUCACUCGAGUGCUCCUGUCCGAGAUUUUCCCAGGCAAGCUGGAUCUGAUGCAAGAUGUAGAUGCGUGGAUCCAGAUCGCUUGUCCGCGCCUCUCUAUCGACUGGGGCACAGCCUUCUCUAAGCCGCUGCUGUCUCCAUAUGAGGCAGCUGUGGCUCUACAGGAGGUCGGCUGGAAGGAAGUCUACCCCAUGGACUUCUACUCCAAUCAGAGCCUGGGGCCGUGGGCGCCCAACCACCCUGACAACCAACCAGUGCGGCCCACGCGCAGGCAGACUCAGAAACCAGGCUCGGAGCCAGCCCUUCCUACCAAGCAGUGUGAGCAGAACCAGUGCGCCCCCUGUGGCUGUCAAGGGAAAUAACACGUCAUGCCCAGCUCUGUGUUUGACUCGUCUCGCGCCUGCCAGUGCUUCUGCCUCUGCUGACGGCUGGAGGGAGGUCAAACCAGAAGAAGAGAGUGGGUAUUUGUCCAGACGGUCUAUAACAAGCAGAGGUCAACCCACAGGAGCCCUCAGCUGCUCCUCAUACGGAUUACCAACCAUAAAUAAUCCCUCGUUUUAAAGCACAGCAGGUCAAACUAAAUUCAUUGGUCUGGUUCGCGUUUUCUGCGCGUGCUCUGAGCUCAAACUACAAGCGACUGAGAGUAUAGCUUGUGUGUUUAAGGUCAUACAUGUUCAUGUGAGUCACAUUCCCAUGAAGGAGCUGCUCCCUGCUGUGCUAAGAAAGAAGUUGAUCCUGCACAGGGGGAAAGCGUGGGCCUUUGCGUAGAAUGCACACAUGGCUUUUGCGAUUGUUGGAGAGACCGUGCGAGAUGGCCUGGUGUACGGUAAAUGGAAUUAAAGCGUUAAUGUGGGUGGAUUAAGUCAAAUGCAAACCACUAGUCCUUGCAAAGCACGGUAUGCUGUCGGACACUUCAGAUGAGUUUCCCUUCAUGUUAAGUUUCAAAGGCAUAGACAUUGUAUGAAGCACUUGAUUUGAUAUACAAGAGUAUUCUACUAAAAUGUGUAUUAAAAUGUGAUGCACCACGACACAACCUUGUUUCUCUGUCUUGUUUUUCUGGUCAAACUCUGAAACAAUAAAUCAGGAAUGGAACCUUGCUUGUUGUGUGAGUGUUUUUGAUAAGCGCAGUGCCUUGCUGAAGCCCUCAGCCUUACAAACAGUACGAGUUUCUACAGUAGAUCCAUGCAGUGCUAGUCACGACUGCUCUCCGUCCUCAUUAUUUAUUGAUGGAGGAGUCUGUCAAUAAAUAAAGAUUCAAAAAAAAAAAAAAAAAAAACCUCUAUUGCAGUUUAGCUGUCACUGCAGAAACUGAUUGACAGCAGCACACCGUGGCUCCAGCUGACCCCGAAAACUUGUUGAUCUUCCCCAGAUUGCAGCACAUUGUCUCAAGUGGGUAUGUUCUGGGAGUUUUGUUAUUUGCCUGCAACUACUAGACUUCUCGAGUCAGAACCCUCUCCUCUACUUUCCACCGUUGUAUCUCCUUGGCAACAGAGGCCAGUGUGUGAUGCAGCCCGUCCCACUAAAUGUCUUUCUCAUGAUGUGUAUCACGUGUCCCACUAGUGGCUGUUAUGUUGAAGAGCUCAGUACUUGCUCCAGUACAGUGUGAGAUGCACGGUGGUCAAGAAUAAAUUAUUGGGCAGCAGAGCUCUCUCGCAGCUCAGGUUUGAUAUAUUUUUUUAGCGCACAGUUUUCUCACAGCCUAAAGAUGUGUUUUGCUUUAAAUAUUUAGCACUGACUUGAACAUCAGUAAAAUGGGAUGUGUUUUCAAAAAAAAAAGUUACUACAUUUUGUGUGUUGGGUUUAGAAUUUGAACCAUUUUAGACACAAAAGAUGGAACCAAAGGUUAUUUAAAUGUCAUAAUUAAAGUCAAAUAGGGCCCUUAUUACAUCGCUAACAUAAUUAGAUAACAAUAGUAGAGGUCUGGACACUUUGAUGUAUGCAUACCACUGUGGAAUGUUUUUAUAAUAAGGAUAUUAUUUUCUCAGUAUGUCUGAAAUGUGUGAAAUUAUUUUAAAAUUG